CUCAAGAUUCGAACCGAGCCAACGACGGGUUGUCUGUAUAGUACGUCCAUAUGGCUUGAUGUAUACAGCAAAUGCGGAAGGUGAGCGAUUAAAUCGAUGCUGUAUAUCGUCUGAAACGUUCGCAUAUUAUAAAGAUAUUCCUGAAAAAUUUAUAACAUUUGCAGUUUAAUAAUUUGUGCGUAUUUGUGAGUGUAAAUACAGGAUGAACAUUAUAUUAAACUCACUUGCUAAAAUCGACUAUUUUCCAAAACAUAUUGGAAGACUUUGGUAUUUGGUUAAUCCAAAGGAGACGACUUUCGAGUUUCUACAUGAAGUGCCGGACUAUCAACAACAGAUAUGGAUGCCGUUUUUUCUGCUGCUUAUUCUGGAACAAUUAAUAUUAAAAAAAAAUUUUCGUUUGAAUGAUCAAGUGACAUCCUUAUCUCAUUGGAUGCUUUACGAAAUUACCCGAAUAUUUUCUCGCAGUGUCGAAUAUUAUUUAUACAUUGUUAUUUAUGAGAGGUUUGGCAGAGAAUAUACUUUACCCUGGAAUUCGCUAUACACAUGGUAUAUUACCUUCAUUGCCGUAGACUUUUGUUACUAUUGGGCUCAUCGCAGUAAUCACGAAAUUCACUUUUUGUGGGCCCACCAUCAAGUGCAUCACAGCAGUGAGGAGUUUAAUCUCGCGGUUGGUUUACGACAAUCCGUUCUGCAACAUUGGUGCAACUUUAUUAUUUAUUUACCGCUUGCCUUUUUUAUACCUCCAUCACAUUUUAUUGUGCAUAAUCAACUCAAUUUGAUAUAUCAAUUGUGGAUACAUACAACAGUUAUUGAUGAUCUCGGACCAUUCGAGUUAAUUUUUAAUACGCCUAAGCAUCAUCGUGUUCACCAUGGCUGUAAUCUUUAUUAUUUGGAUAAGAAUUAUGGUGGCGUACUUAUAAUAUGGGAUCGAUUAUUUGGUACAUUUCAAGAAGAAGAACGAAAUGAAGAGAUAGUUUAUGGAUUAGUAGUUAAUGUUGAAUCAUUUAAUGUAUUUUAUUUGCAGAUAUUUUACUUGAAGGAUUUAAUUAAGAAAAGUAUAAGUAUGAAUACAUGGGCUGAUAAAUUUGCUGCUUUUUGGAAAGGUCCUAGCUGGUUUCCAGGUGGACCACGUUUAGGUUUAGAUGAAUUCAAAAUAAAGGUGAAGCCUAGAACUAUAUACGAUCCUUACAUAUCAAGAAUACAAAAAAUAUAUAUUAGUGUGCAGUUCCUGAUGGUUCUUCUCAAUCAUUAUAAAUUAUACAAAUCACAAUAUUAUGAGAAUUUAGAUGAUCCUUGGGUAACAAUUGCAGUAGCAAACAACUUAAUUGCUCUCAUCAGCAUUGGCUUGUUAUUUGAUAAGUGUGCGUUUAAAUAUACGAGCGCUAUUGAAAUCGUACGCUGUGUUUUUUAUGUGUACUUCAUGCGUUUGUACAACGCUAACUUAAUUGAUUAUUUCAUAUAUUAUGCACAUGUGUUUCAAUUGGGUUUUGCUUUUUUUUUAAUAUAAAAUUUAUGCACACACACACACAUAUAUAUUGCACCUAUUUCUUCACUCGCAGGUAUUAUCAAAAUUAAAUUUUAAGAAAAAGGAUUGAAAGAAAAAUGAUUUAGGAUUACAAUUUUACAUACAAAAUAGGGUGUAUAUGCGCGGAGGAAGCCCAUCUCGAUGAUCUUGAUAUAUGUGAUCCUUGAUAUAUGUUAUCAAAGUCAUGACUCUGAAUGAUCUCCAAUAGAUUUUAGCUGUCGUUCGUUAUUCAUUAAAAAGUUACAAACAAAAAAAUUUGAAAAUGAUGUCUCUUUCUAUCAUAUGAAAUCAAAAUAUUCUGGUUUAAAAUAUUUUACGAUUGUCCACGCGAAAUGAAUUCCACUUCAAUUCCCCUCCUAUCUAGGGAUCCAUAAUUUUCCAUGCAACGCGAAUUCCAUCUCAUCUCCCCCUUGCCUAGAGGUGUUCCAACUUUCCAUGAGAAACAAGAUCCAUCUAUAUGAAGAGACGUUAUGCCUCUAGGCGGUGGAAAGUCAUUACGUACACAAGGGAGAGUAUAGUUUUUAAUGUUGUAGAGAUAUGUGACAGAAAUAAUAAUUUUAAUAACUUUUUAACUAAUAACGAGCGAUUGCUAAAAUCUAUUAGAGAUCAUUCAGUUAUGAUCUUGAUAACAUAUGUCAUCGGGGCUCUUUCUAUCGACAUAUUUACCCAAAAAAAUUUUGUAUCAAAAUUUAUAAAUUUAUUAAGAAAUAUUUUAUUUUAUUAUAUGUAGCAAACGCUACUCGAAUCAUAAUAUAUACGAUCUAUCUAGGUG